AUGGAUGAAAAAGUAGUGAAAUCGAGAUUCAAGAAGGUUUGUGUGUUCUGUGGGAGCAGUGCUGGAAAAAGGGAGUGCUACAGAGAAGCAGCUCUCGAGCUAGGGCAUCAACUGGUGGAGAAAAGUUUGGAUCUUGUUUACGGUGGUGGAAGUAUUGGGCUGAUGGGCCUCGUCGCAAAAGCUGUUCAUGCCGGCGGCGGACAUGUUCUUGGGAUCAUACCUAAACCUUUGGUUGGCAAAGAGAAAACUGGUGAAACUGUUGGGGAGGUGAGAAUGGUGGCUAAUAUGCACCAGAGGAAGGCUGAGAUGGCCCUACAUUCUGAUUGCUUCAUUGCUUUGCCUGGAGGUUAUGGGACUUUGGAGGAGCUGUUAGAGGUUAUAACCUGGGCUCAACUAGGCAUCCAUGACAAGCCUGUGGGUUUACUGAAUGUUGAUGGCUACUACAACUUCUUCCUAACUUUUAUCGACAAAGCAGUCGAUGAUGGCUUCAUAAAGCCUUCGGAGCGUCACAUCUUUGUUUCUGCCCCUAAUCCCAAAGAGCUUGUCCAAAAGCUUGAGGAUUAUGUGCCCGUGCAAGAUGAAGUGGCUGCCAAGUUAAAUUGGGACUCAGAAAUUAUAGAACCACAGCCCGAUUCUUCGUCUACAACAACACCAGCAACCAAACAAGACCCAUUCGCUCCCUUUCGGCCACCCGCCGCCGAACAAAUUGCUCUAAUAUGA